CGGGGCUGGUGGGUCCGAGACGGCAGGCGUGGGGCUGCAGGCGAGAGUCCGUGUCGGCGGGACUGAGAAGCGUGUCAGGCUUCGUUUCAUUUCUCAUGGGAAAUGAGACGUGAUGCGCCCCCUGCUAUCCCUGCCCUGGGCCCUCUCCCAGCUCUGCCAGUGCACCUCAAACCUGGUUUUGCAGCACCCCUUACCAUUAAAGGCCUUCCUGCACCCCACCUAUGUAGGGGAGAUCAGCUACCCCACACUGACCUGACAGUGACUGCAGAGGAGCAUGUGGAUGAAGAGAGGUAUUACCAGCUGUACCCAGGGCACAUCCCCACCAGCCCUCUGCAGAAAGCACUGCUGUCUGCUGGCUCAGCAUUUAUGGCUCUCUACAACCCUUACCGGCAUGAUAUGGUGGCAGUCCUUGGUGAGACAACUGGUUCUUCAGCCCUGCGGAGCCUAAGGGACAAAAUGAAGCAUGACCCUGAAGGUUAUCAGAUCCUGCAAGAGCGGCCUCGGAUCCGGCUCUCCACCCUGGAUGUGACUGGACUCCGGGGGCUGCCGGAUGGAACGUUUGGCCGAGAAUAUGUCCGUUUUUUGGACAGCAAUAGGGUUUCUCCGGACACCAGAAUGCCGGUCAAGUUUGUCGAUGAUGAGGAGCUGGCCUAUGUGAUCCAGCGGUACCGAGAGGUCCAUGACCUGAUGCACACUCUCCUCGGCAUGCCCACCAACAUGCUUGGGGAGGUUGUGGUGAAGUGGUUCGAAGCUGUUCAGACUGGCCUGCCCAUGUGCAUUCUGGGAGCGGUGUUUGGCCCAGUUCGUCUCAGCGCCCGGAAGCUGCAGAUCCUGACCACAGAGCUUGUUCCCUGGGCUGUUCAGAGCGGCCGCAAUGCCAGCUGUGUCCUGAAUUUCUACUACGAGAACCGCUGGGAGCAGACGGUGGAGUCUCUGAGGGAGGAGAUUGGAAUCUUACAUCCCCCUGCUAUUUGUGUGUAAAAGUCUGGGGAGUGGGUGGGCAUACUAGGCUUCACACUGGCAGGAUGGAGCCUCGCUGGGCACCAUGCAUGAGGAGCAAUGAAUAAACCCUUUGCAGGUUCGAGUCUCCUGGGAAUUCUCCUACAGCAGUUGAGGACAUCAGUCUGCCCAAAUGAGAUGCUGGGUUGCCAGCUUGCCAAGAAUGCAAGGGCUGCACCCAGGGCUGGAUUCAUUGCUGUUGUAAGCAGCUGGAGCUCUGCUGACGUCAGUGAAGUUGCACUUUCGCAUCCUAAGGUGAAUUUGAACCCAGUGGCUGUCUUAGUCCUCAGCAUAGAGAUAUGACCCAUGGAGAGAAGUCCCACCAUGCAGUGUACCAGCUAGAUCCUAGCAGAGGCUGGGACAUGGAGUCUCCAUGUGCUGCAUGUCUUCACAGGGCCCCAUGGUCUGCAUUCAGUUAUCCCUGUAAUACUGGAGUGGGGAAGAUGGGAAGCAGAGCUGGGUUAAAGUAGCACUGAAACGAUCUAGUAACUUUUGGCUUCUGGUUGCUAUAACGUUCCCUAGGUGAAUACCCACCCGCUGGGGAGCUGAGACACUUAAUUCCCUAGGGGACCAUUCUACCCCAGUUAAAGCCAGUUGACACAAUGACAGCUGAUCAGCACUAGUGCUCUGCCCCCAGCUGUACUGACUGGCACUAGGAAUGUAUUUUGUGUUUCUAGUACAGCUCAGUCGAUCCAUCUCAGACCCGCUUUGGCAGCUGGGAAGCAGUUAGGCUCUCGGUCAGUCACGGUGAAACCACACCCCACUGAUUUGGGAGGGCAUGUGUGUCACAAUGUGUCAAUUGCUGCAUGCCAUUUAAAAUAAACAAAAUCCACCACGGCAUCCCCCUCGCUGCCUGCCUCAGCAGCCAGGCCAAGGAUUGAAUGGGCCACGGGGCCUGAGCUCCCCUCUCGUCCCCAACUGGGUCCCUUCCAGUUUACAAUAGAGGCACAGUGACCGGCUUGCCAGGGGGAAGCACUUACUGACCCUGUCCAGGCUCUGCCUGCUCCGAGAAGAGAAGAGUUCAGUCCCCACUAAUUCCACAUGAACUUGGCUUUGUUUUCAAUAGCUCUCUGUGGGCUCGAGCACGCGAGACUAUUAUCUGCAGAACAGAGGGAGGGAGAAGAGAAUGAGGUGCCGAAUCCCACAGGGAGUGGAAUGCUGAGAUCGCCCACACUGUUUGUGCUGGGUCAGUGUUUAUAGAAGCAAUUUCUGUGCAGUGUAACUAAGUUGGGUUCCACACUUAUAAGGCAAAUAACAAAGCCCAGAUUGAAUAGUUCUCGGUGCUGGGCUGGGACGCACCAAAGCAGGAUGUAUUUUAAUGUGGUGUUUUGAGGCUGAUGUUCCUUUUUCAUAAAUAAAAUCCCUGGUGACACUUGCA